AUGCCUGCACUGAAGAAACGCAAGAUCUCGCACGAGAAGCUCGUCGAGAAAGAGGAGGUCUCAGAAGAUGCUAGCUCGUCAGGGGAAGAAGUUCACAACAGUGCCAACGAAGAUGAAGCUGCCAAAGCUCCCAAGACAUUCAAAGAGUUGGGAUUGAUUCCUCAGCUGUGCGAAGCAUGCGAGACUCUGGGAUACAAGGCACCGACCGCCAUUCAAGCGGAAUCCAUCCCUCUGGCCUUACAGAAUCGGGAUUUGAUCGGAUUAGCAGAGACAGGUUCCGGAAAGACGGCCGCCUUUGCGCUGCCCGUCCUCCAAGCGCUCAUGGACAAGCCCCAGCCAUUCUUUGGACUAGUCCUUGCCCCGACUCGUGAACUAGCGUACCAAAUCUCCGAAGCCUUUGAAGCACUCGGCUCUACAAUAAGCGUGAGGAGUGUCUGCUUGGUUGGCGGCCUCGAUAUGGUGCCACAAGCCAUAGCUAUUGGUAAACGACCACACAUCAUCGUCGCUACACCCGGUCGAUUACUCGAUCAUCUCGAAAACACAAAGGGGUUCAGUCUGCGAAGCUUGAAAUAUCUCAUCAUGGACGAAGCAGAUCGUCUAUUGGACAUGGAUUUUGGCCCUAUCAUUGAUAAGAUUCUCAAGGUCCUACCACGGGAGAGACGUACAUUUUUAUUCUCGGCUACCAUGAGUUCCAAGGUAGAAGGCUUGCAGCGCGCAUCACUGAGUAACCCACUUCGUGUCUCGGUUUCGUCAAAUAAGUAUCAGACGGUCUCGACGCUUCUCCAAUAUUACAUGUUUAUACCACACAAGCACAAGGACGUCCAUCUUAUAUGGCUGUUGAACGAACACAUCGGUCAGACGACCAUUGUGUUUACUCGGACAGUGCACCAGGCGACAUUCUUAAGUCUUUUGUGUCGAGCGCUCGGUUUUGGAGCCAUCGCUUUGCACGGCCAACUCUCACAAUCGGCUCGUCUGGCUUCCUUGGGCCGUUUUCGAAGUCGGCAGCGCGACAUCCUUAUCGCAACCGACGUCGCUGCUCGAGGUCUUGAUAUCCCCUCCGUCGAUCUCGUGCUCAACUAUGAUCUUGCAGCAGACAGCAAAACUCACGUCCACCGAAUUGGCCGAACCGCCCGGGCUGGAAAAUCAGGAAAGGCCAUCAGUCUAGUCACGCAAUACGACGUCGAAGUGUGGCUUCGUAUCGAAAAGGCUCUGGACAAGAAAUUACCCGAAUACAAGGUUGAGAAGGAUGAAGUUCUGGUUCUGUCUGAGCGAGUGGGUGAAGCACAACGACAGGCUGUCACUCAGCUGAAGGAUAUGGAGGAGAAGAAUAGUGGUGGUAGGGGUGGUAGGGGUGGUAGAGGAUCGGGAAUGAGAGGAAGUAGGUCAGGAAACGGUGGGAAACGAGGACGUGAUAAUAUGGAUCAGGAGGAGGGUUGA